CAUCCAUAUCCAUAUAUAGAAGAAGCAAGCAUACAAGGCAAGAUGGCCACAAAAUGAUUUAGCGGUGCCACGCUAUCUAUAUGUUUCUCCUUCCCUACUAUUUCCUUCCUCCCUCCCUUACCUAUUUAAGCCACUUGCCCUCAACAAACAAACACCCAUCCAAUUUCAUCAUCCAGAUCAAUGGCGUCCCAAAUGUCAUCGGCAUGGGCCGCUGUCGUCGUCAUCGUCUCCUCCCUCCUCGCCGUCGCUCUCUCGCAUGAUGAAGGUGGUGGGCCCAGCUUCGGGUACACGCCGGGGACCCCCGACGGCCCGGAGAACUGGGGCAAGCUGAGCCCGGCGUACAAGGCGUGCGGCGACGGCAAGGCGCAGUCCCCCAUCGACAUCGUCAUCGCCAACGCCGUCCCCAACCCCAACCUCGACACCCUGACCCGCGUCUACGCCCCCUCCAACGCCACCCUCCACAACACCGGCAAGGACAUCGUCAUGAGCUUCGAGCAGGGCGGCGAGCCCGUCAUGCCGGGCUCCAUCAACGUCACCACCGCCGACGGCACCGUCAAGGAGUUCAAGUUCAAGAUGAUCCACUGGCACGUGCCGGGGGAGCACACCGUCAACGGCAAGCGCUUCCCGCUGGAGCUCCACAUGGUCCACGUCGACGACCAGGACCACAAGGCCGUCAUCGGCAUCCUCUACGAGAUCGGCAACCCCGACCCUUUCUACGACCAGCUGACGGAGAAGCUGCGCGAGCUCAAGACGACGCCCACCGUGGCCGCCGGCGUGGUGGAGCUCAAGUCGCUGCAGAAGCGGACGGGGAGCUACUUCCGGUACAUGGGGUCGCUCACCACGCCGCCCUGCACGGAGAAGGUGAUGUGGAACAUUCUGGGCAAGGGCAGGGAGCUGAGCCAGGAGCAGUUACAACUCAUCACCGCGCCGCUGCCUCACCAGGACAACAGGCCGCCGCAGCCGCUCAAUGCCCGCCAAGUCGCCUUCUACAACCCGCCAAACACCACCAUCUCCAUCCAAUCCCUAGUACUCCCUCCGUAAACUAAUAUAAAAACAUUUAGAUCAUUAAAAUAGUGAUCUAAACGCUCUUACAUUUGUUUACAGAGAGAGUACAAUAAGCAAGACAUAGUACGUACUCCCUCCUCCGUCCCACGAUAUAAGAACGUUUUUGACACUAUACAUAUCAAAAUGAGUAAACAUCUACAUACAUACCAAAAGGUGUUUGAAUACGUACA